AUGGCUGCAAGUUCCGCCAUUGCAGCGCCGACAUUUUACGCGCCCAUGCCGAUGCCCCGCAGCCCAGAUGCACCCCGAUUCCGAGGCAGACGGAUUGUCGAGUUCCUUAGCAAAUACGAGUCACUGGCUGAUGCAGCACUUUUCACGGAAGCCCAGAAAUGCACCUUUUUGACCGCUUACUGCACUGACAAGGAAGUGAGGUUUGUUUCCACGCUGGACGGAUUCGAGAACCCAGAUUGGGUGUCGCUCAAGAAAGACCUGCUGGACUUUUAUGGCGUUGACGAAGAACCCUUAUUUUGCCUCAAGGAUCUCCGCAAGUUCGUAGAAAAAGGUCGCAAGAUGAAGACCUUUGAUCACCUUGACCGAUAUCUGUGCAAGUUUGAAGCCAUUUCCAAGUCCUUAGAGGCACAGGGUGCCCUCGCCGUUGUUGAGCGCGAUGAUUUGUUUUUCCGUGGAUUUCCGUCGAAGUUUAGGCACAAGCUCAAGUUCGAUCUGCAAGUUCAAAGUCUGUGGCUUGAUUUGACUCAGCCCCCCAGUAUGCAUGAGGUUGUCGCAGCGGCAAGGGCCCUGCUACAAGAUGCCCAUGAUCGCGAAAGAGCCAGUUCCUAUUCAUCAAUGUCCGAUGCGCAGACCAGUGUAUAUGUCGAUUCACCAAAACUUUCAAUGCGCUCCACAGUCCAGAAUGAUUUCGCGCCCGAGUUCGAUGCCGAGACAAGUGCCAGCAGCUCAACACUAGACCAGAUGGACCAGUACCAGCCUGAAGCCCGUGAAGCGCGGAGCGCCUAUGAAAUCAAGUCAAUUGCUGUAUCCGAAGAUUACAUGCCUGAGCCGAAGUCUGAUGACGCAACAAACCUAGAGGCGAGUGCCUACGAUAGCGCAAGUUACCCCAACGUGCUAGAGCUCAAUGAUCAAGAGCUAAGGCCUAGCGGCCUUGAACAUGUCUCAGAAUCCGCUGUUCUUGAAGAAGGCCAAGUCUGCCAGACCUUACAGCCGACUACAAUCCACUUAGUGUGUUCAGACAAAGCCGGAGAGCCUCAGUCAAUGGAGGCGAUUGCAUACUACAAAUCCGAUCUAGCCGACAGUGAAAUAGUCAACGAUGUCCUCGAUUUCGACCCGCGUCCCGAGAACUCUUGCAAAACAAUCCAUGAUGUUCCUAGCCCCGGUUUGGAUUCGCGCCGCGAUGACGAGAAUCCCCAUGAGACGGUUUAUGAGAGCUUUGACCUGGACUCAUAUUUCGAUGGUGAUACUCCUUGCGAACCGGAUUGUGACUAUGAUUCAGACUGGGAAUCGUACAUUGCGAAGUCUAAAGGCGCAGAUCUGCUACAUAGUAUCGAGGUUCCAGUAGACUGUCUGAUACUACCCAGCGACGACGGGAAAGCCUGUGAAACCAUCCGCAAUGUCCUCAAUUCGCAUUUGUACUAUGACAAUGAGAAGACUCAUGAAAAGCGCACCAACGUCGCGGACCCGGACCUGUGUAUCCAGUAUGAAGACUCGUGUGGAUCGAUCUACGAUGUCUUCAGCCUGAAGUCGUAUCUUGAUGAUGAGGCCCCUUGCAAAACGGCUUUCAAUGUCUUCGACUCGUUCGCAUGGUUCGACGAAGAGAUCUCCCGUGAAACUUCCCCUGACACUUCAGAUGUGGACUCGAGCUUCGACGAUAUUGAGACCAUGGACCCACCCCAGACAGGCGAUCCAACGACACCCAAGGCACCUCGACCGCUGGAUUUCUUACACACCGCGCCAGAGCACAAUGAUCGAGAGCUAAGGCCUGGCGACCUUGAACGUGUCUCGAAAUCCGACAUUUUCGCAGUAUACCAGACCUCAGAACAUGCAGCAAUCGACCUUGUUUGCCGAGAUGAAGUCGAGGCGCCUCAGUCAACGGAGGCAAUCGGAUACUACUAUGGUGUGACCGAGACUGGAGAGCGCAGCAGCAGCGCCAAGUCCCCUGUUGAGCCCAGCGAAGGCAGAUGUGAAGACACUAGUCCGGAGGCGACUCAGGCGAGAAUUCAGAAAUCAAGUGGCAUUCCCUGUUGGUUCCCCAAGUAUGAGUUCGACAACAGCGAAGUGGCUAAGCGAGUUAAGUUUUCGAUGCAUGAGUCCGGUGAAGGGUACGAGGAUCUGCCCAAGAAGGAUCCAGAUAAGGUUGUAGGACACGAAUCCAAUCCCAAUCGUGGUGAAGCGCCUGAGUACGUGAAGCCGCUUCCUAUCACCCCCGAGUUCGAAGACAGUUAUGGAGAACCGCCCACAAAAGACCCUGAUAAGGGUAUCAACGUGAUCAAGUAUUCGGGCGAUGGCCUAGCCCGCGGAUAUGAGUCUAAGGUGACUCCAGAGGCCGAAAGUAUACGAAAUGUCAAGCCCCACAGUGACAUCCUCGCGCUCAAUAUGCCGGAAGGCACCUACAUCAUUUGCGGCGAUGAGAUCGCCCUGUUCGAAAUCAAACGCGAGUCUGAACCCAGCAGGAAGUCGGAAAUAGCACGGGCCCUAGAUUCAGCGCAAGAGCACAGUGAGCAUAAACAUAAAGAGCUAAGGCCUCCCGGCCUCAACGACAAGCUCAAUUGUUGUUGUUCUACAUUGUGUACCGAGUUCCGCCGCGAUGUUUCCAUGCUUAAGACGGUAGAGGGCACCUACGCCAUUCAGGGUGACUUUGUGGUUCUCUUUGAAGACGCAGAGCACGAGGUCCAGUUCAGAGGCGAGCCUAACCUGGUGCAAAUUGGCACUGAGCUCAAGGAUAAAGAGCUACGGCCUCUCAGCUUCAGCGGUGUGUUCGGAAAUUCCGACUCAGUGGAUGACUAUGCAUGGGAUUCUGGAUGCGAAUCCGACACCGGCUUUGAUGCAGCACCCGAGGGCAUUGGGUUGAUUGAUCCCCCUGAAGUCAUUCUUACACGCGAGUUGAAUCAUGAAGAACGAGAUUGUGAUUUGAUUGGCAAGCAUGCUAUCAUACAAGGCGGAAUCGACGCAGUGAAAAGCCCUACCUUCAAGAAUGCCGUUACUGCUAGUCCUGGUAUUAGAGCACCCAAGCAUGCAAAAGCCCCAUGUUUCCCUGGCGAUGGUUCUGAAUGCCGACCCGAGAAAGACCCUGACAAGGUCUCAAACGCGAAUGAGUGUCCGGGCGAUGGCCUAGCCCGAGAACAAGAGUCUGAGGAGACUCCAGAGGCCGAACGUUCGCGAGGUGUUGAGUCCCAUGGUGACACCUUCGCGCUUGAGGGAGCUGAUGGGACCAUUCGAGUACUGGUCUUGGAUUGCGAGUCUGGGCCCAAGCGCAGGAUCAAUUGCAUGUCGAAUACGGAGUCUUGGGCCGAAGUAAGCGAAAUCAGCAAUAGCCCAUACAAGUCGGCGAUGGGAGUGAAAAUGAGGCGUACCAUUGUGCCUAAACCUCUCGUUCGACCUGUAGUUCUCCCAGAUGUAAUGGCCACGAUGGCACAGAGAUGCGCGCAAGUUGAUGGCAGAAUGAUAAGGAUUGAUGCCGAUUGCUGGCUCGAGGUUGAGAUGAACGCGAUCUCCCAUAUUCCAGGACUUCUUGAUCACCAGAGUGAAGCCGCAACGACGACAGAAAGGAUCAUAGAAAGUCUAGAGUGCCAAGGUAUCCCUGAGGGUCCGAGUCUCAUGUCGGGAUUCAAAGGCGAAAUGGAGCCAACUGCCGGCACCAUGAGUGAGUGCGGAAGCCGAGUAACCAGUCACCUGGAGACAUCAUUGAGCCGAGAGGCCACGCAUAAAGAGCUUAGGCCUCCUGUCCAAUGCCAAAGUCCGCAUGUGAGCUGUGCGAUGUCAAAGCCAUGUUCAGGGUCGAAGACUCGUAACAAGUUUGAUGUUCGAGAACCCAUUGCUCAGCCAGAUGUUCUCGGCAGAGAAAGUAAUCCCAGAUGUCAGAGAAGAGCUCCGUGUGCACAGGAUGAUAGUCUAGACAGCCGGAGAUGCCAGAAGAAUGCGCUCAUUGAGUCGAAAUCCCGCGACCCUUACCCCAGCGCAGUCUCAUGGGGUUGGUUUACUGAACGUGCGACAUGUUCCUCAGUCGAUUCUUUGCGAGCCCAGUGUCCAGAAGGUUCUGCUAGUCAGCACCAUAGUCAGACCGCUCAGGUGUAUGGCUAUCAGGGAUUCGUUAAGAAGUCAAAGACAUCGCUCCCGAGGACAAUUUGCGUUGUGUUGCGAAAUGGAGGCGAGGCUGAGCAUUGCCUUGAGCAGGGAUACAUGCCUUGCAUUAGCGAAUACGAGCCUAGAGUGCGGAGGAAGAAGCCUCCCUGA